AUGGGGUGGUUUUCGUCAUCCCCCGAAUCUGCGCCCAAGAAGUCCACGGACGGCGGCUCAAUCGCUCCCGACCGAUCAUCCCGCCAACAGUGCUGGAUAGGAAGAGACCGCUUCUUCGCCUGCUUAGAUGCGAAUAACAUUGUCGAUGCUAUCAAGGAAGACGGCCCGGCACGAUCGAAGUGCUCCAAGGAACUGCUGGAGUUUGAGAGUGCCUGCUCGGCAACUUGGGUGAAAUACUUUAAAGAAAAGCGAGUAAUGGAACACAGGAGGGACCAGACUAUCGAGAGAAUAAAACGGGAAAACCUCGACUCUGCCGCGGCACAGAAAGCGGCCAAAUAG